AUGAUUGAAGGCGCUCAGCUUUUGUAUGGCCAAGUUGCUUCUUAUAAGCCCCGACCACGAGAGGACUCGGCUGCACAAGCCACUCCAUCACGGCGAAAUGCUAUAGUACGACUUACACCGUUACCCCUCUUCGAAUCUCCCCAAAACGAGCACGAAGAAAUCUAUAAUGGAGUGGCUUAUUGGUAUCAGAAUUUCCGACUUCAGAUAUGGUCCCCGGUAGCAUCGAUGGCGGAAGAGCUUGGUUGGCAGAUGGGAAGAGAGGAGAUCAUCCAACGCUCCAACAGGUUGAUGGCAUUCCGCCCAGCUUUCCGUGGCAAGAGUCUCUGA